AUGCGGGGUGCCGCUCUGGCCGCUCUUUGGCGUCGUCACCUUUUGGCUCUCAACUCACGCCCAAACGCGAAGCUAGCUGGCCCGAGCGGACUCGCCGAUGGCCUCGUCCGUAGGCUCAACUGGCUGCCGCUCGUUGGCUCGGGCAUCGCCGUGCUGCUGCCCGUGCCGCUCGCGCUCGUCGACCCGUCGGUGAGCUGGCUCGCCUUUGGCCUUUUCCUCGGCCUCACCACCGCCGUCCACCUCCUCGUCGACAACCUCGUCGACCAGGUCGUGAUGGCGCGCGCGAUGACCCUCCACCCCGUCGCUCUCAUCGUCGGGCUCUCGGCGGCCCAGAUUUCGAAGCUCGCUUCAACGGCGCACCCGUACGCGCAAGCUUGCGCCGCGCUGCUCGAGGGCGAGUGGCAGAUCGCCGCCGCCAUCACUGAGGGCAGCGAGGGCAACGCUGGCGACGCCCGGGGCGGCAAGGACAAGCCGAUGGCCAAGUCCGCCGCCCGAUUCUCGGCGUUGCGGCGGCUACUGGCGGCGCUGGGCUGCGACUGGUGCUCGAGAGCGCCCGCGGGUGGCGAGCGGCGCGAGCUCCUUCCUGCGGCGGAAGUGGACGCGACCUCCCGUGCGGGCGAGUGGCGCGGAGAGUCGCCGUGA